GGCAGUUCUCCAUUACCCCGGCGACUGUGGCUGGAGCUUUGCUGGUGUAAACAGUAAGGGUGGAGGAAGAGCGAGAGAGACCCCAAUUUAGUUGAGUCGGAAACCUGGCAGACCCCUGGAUAGUGGGAAGCCAGUUGUGGGGGGCCAUGCCAGCCCCCUGACAAUGUUCCAGAUUGCUGAAUACCAUGAUGAAGACGCGUUCCAGGCAGAGGAGAAGGAAUUGCAGGGCCACAAACUGAACUGGAGGGGAGUUGCAGGAGAGGGCAAGGAGCCAGAGAGUUCACCACACCGUGAGACCACUUCCACUGAGGCCCAAGAGCUGCGGCGCCGCAUUGGGUCAGACCCUCCCUUGCCGGAGUCGGAGCUGCCAGAUGAGGUGGGCACUUUCCGGGGGCGUUCACAAUCUGCUCCUCCCAUCCUAUGGGCUGCCCAGCGGUAUGGACGGGAACUGCGGAGGAUGAGCGAUGAGUUCCACGGGGCACUGCAGAAGCUGCCACGGCCCAAGAGUGCAGGCGCUGCCUCACAACUGUUUCGAGCGUCGGGUUGGAAGGAGACCCUGCAGUCAUGGUGGCGCCUAAGUUCACCGGGACCUCCGAAAAGUCCUCCAUGAACAUGUUUUGCUGCUGCCUGUUUUAAUGAACAAAGGAGGGGCCAGGGAGGGAGGGCAGAAUAAGUAGGAUUGAUGUAGCACAUUUUCUUAUCCCAAAGUAUUCAAGAAGGUGGGAAUUGUUCCUCAGCAUCUCCCCACCCAUCCCAAAGGGGAAGGAGUUUCCCUUUUGCCACACACUAUCAUAUGACGUGUAGCCAUUUUACCUCCUCCCCCUUUUACAAGGAAUCACAACCAUUCCCCCCACCCCUUCACUCCAAGUACUUCUUUAAAAAAGCAAAACACUGUAUGGAUAAUUAGAACAGAAGCCCUGAAUUGGUUU